UAUUGUUCAAGGUCCGCUGAUGCAGUACGCCAUCUUCGGCGGCGGCCCACUCACCAUCAUGGGCGGCGUGGAAGGACUGGCCUUCGUCAACACCAAGUACGCCAACGGCACCGACGAUUAUCCCGACAUCGAGUUCCACUUCGUGAGCGGCUCGACGCACUCGGACGCCGGGGCGCAGAUCAAGAAGGCGCACGGCUUGACGGACGCCUUCUACGACAGGGUGUUCAAGCCGAUCACGGGGAAGGACGCGUGGAGCGUGAUCCCGAUGCUGUUGAGGCCGAGGAGUAGAGGUUACAUCAAACUCCGAAGUAAGAAACCACUAGACCCGCCCUUGAUUUAUCCCAACUACUUCAUGGACGAUAUGGACAUGAAAACUUUGAUAGAGGGCGUGAAAAUCGGGGUGGCCCUCAGCAGGACUCCUGCUUUCAGGUCGUACGGCAGCAGGCUUCACGAAUUUCCAGAUUGUGCUCAUUUUCAGAAAUACACAGAUCCUUACUGGGAAUGCAUGAUUAGAUUGUAUUCCGUUACUAUCUACCAUCCCAUAGGGACUUGCAAGAUGGGACCAUAUUGGGACCAAGACGCCGUGGUGGACCCCCAACUUCGAGUGUACGGAAUCAAAGGGCUGAGAGUCAUAGACGCUUCCAUCAUGCCCAACAUGGUGAGCGGGAAUACCAACGCCCCUGCCAUAAUGAUCGGAGAAAAGGGUUCCGAUUUGGUGAAGGAAUUCUGGAUGAAGACUGCAAAAUAUGCCCGAAACUUGAACGGAAUUUGAAUGGAGGAAUGUAUCGUGAACGAAAAAGUGUCUGGACAAGUGAUAAUCUGAUAGUAGGUCUAGGAUGAUGCCAAAUUAACAACAAGUUUUUGUUUUCCCAAAGAUGUUUUAUUUAUUUUACUACUAAGAAGUCAUAAUAAUAUAUUAUUAGAGGAAGGAUCAAGCAGGUUAUUAGAUUUUUUUCUCCAUUCAGCUCGAGGGAGUCAGAAAAUAUAGAAUUAUCAUACCAGAAAAUAUAAACAACGAGAUUCAGAA